UGAAAGGAAGUCUUCACGAAGAAAGCGGGAGAGCAUCUCUUGUUCUUAAAUUAUACAAACUUUUAUGAUCAUAGUUAGUGGGAGAGAUACACAAUUUGAAAUUCUGGAGUUGUUUUCGGUUAUACCUAGCUACGGCAGCAAGUUAAUCAAGGUUGAUAUAACCUCGUCAAUUUAUCCAGCAGUUUAGACAGAAGAAAUAUUUUGUCAACCCAAAGUUGGUUAGGAAAGUUAGCUAGCUAGCCAGCCAGCCUAAGUGUAUUCUAGUUAGGUUAUCAGAAAAUAGCCAAUCCACCUAAUUAAGACGGCACGAUAUGGCAACCUCAACUAGAAAGUCUGAAAUGGACAUCUCCCUCCCCUUUUCCUCUCUUCGACUCCUGGCCCCUCCUCUCCGUUUGGUCUCGGCUGCUAUGUGGAAGGUGAUGAAACAACGCGAUGUGAUGCACUAUGGGAGGCUGGAGGAGUUUGUGACCUCCUGCUGCGAGACUGUCCCUGGCCUGCUCACGUCCCGACACCAGGCCAAGCUGGCACUGGGCCUGCGAGCACGGCUGAUCUUGGAGCUGUGCCGUGUCCAGGACCCUCCAGACCCGGCCGCCAUCCUCCCCCACCUCGACCGCAUCCAUGCCCCCACCCAGUCCUCUGCACUGAAGAAGGACGUGAAGAUUGAGACAGCGGUGGCCAACCUCCGCGGCCUGGUGGAAAGCUUGCUGGAAGACCCCUCAGAGAGGGAGCUAUUCUACAAGCUGGAGUUUCCGUCAGAGUACGGGCCUCAGUUUGAGCGGGAGCUGGAGAAACUGCUGUGGGAGUUCCUGUUGAGACUGGACCAGCUAUUGCCCGUGCCCAACCUGGCUCAGACGGUGUCCUGGCUCUCCGCUGCCCCUCCUGUCCUGGAGGAGUGUGCGCAGGCUGCUUCUCAGCCCCAGCUCCUCAGGACUCUGCUUCAACACCAGGUCUGUCUGGGACACUUGGAUUCUGCAGCUUCUCUCCCACCUUGUAUGGGCGACUCUGUCCUUUCCUCCCUGUCCCUGCCGCCGUCUGGAAGAGUGGCUCAAAGCAACCAAUCAGGAUCCAUGCCUGCGUCUGUCGCCACCCCAGGUCCUCAGUCUUUAAAGGCACUGACCAGUCAAAAACAAGUCAAAAACAAGUCAUCUCUCAUGAUGCCGGUUAUUGGUGGGAUAUCUAAUGAAGACCUUCCAGUCAUGGCUUCAACCAAUAAAAUGGCAAAAACCAGCCAGGGUGGUUUUAUAAUCCAAUCGGAUUCAAGGGAGGCGGAAUCUGAGUCAAGGGAGAAGUCCAAAUAUACAGGGGUCAAAAGUCGGGAAGAGGAUUCCGAAGACGAGGAAGUGUUAGUAACAAAAAGAGGGAGGAAGAGGAGUAGGAACGAGAGAGACGGAGAGAGCAGAAGAGUGCUCCGGAGGGGGCGCGUGGGGGAAGUGGAGAACGACAAACAGAGUGAAGAGGAGGAGGCGACGAAUAUCAGUGACGGAGAGAGGAAGAGAGACUUCCUAAGGGACAGUCUGGCCCGGUUGGGCUUCGCAGGCCUUAAGAUUCCAGAAGACCAGUGUCUCUGCUCUGACUUCACAUCCUGUCUGCUCAACCAACCCCGAGUGCCCAUCCAGCGACUGCCUUCCGCAGACAUCCCCACACAUGCCACCUCACAACCUCCUCGUUCCCCUGGCAACCGCACUCCAACAGCGGUGAGGUCUCCAUGGGGACAGAAUAAGACAGCGGUGCGCCGGCUUCCUUCGACCAGGCAACGGAAGUUGAUUGACAGCUCUCUGACUCUGGAGGUGGAGCUUCCUGCGUCAGCUGACAAAGAGAACUGUGCUUUCCCCCUAGCCUGCUCCCCCUCCUUCGUACCUCUGCCCCAAACGAGACGAAGCACAGAAAUGCUAAGUUCGCCAGGAAACACUGAGGAGGUCAUUGGAGAUUCAGAGGACGAAGCGACAAAGAACUUCAAAGGCAGGCUGUUUGUAAAGCGUUACUACAGGACCAAGCACAACACCUAUGUCCCCACCCUCAGGGAGUUCUGGAAGCCUAAACUGGCAAGACGAAACCUUCUGUCUCCCGGCAACGGACACAGAUGACACCUAAAUAUCCACAGAUCCAUUGCACAUUUAUUUCACAACCCAAGCGAAACAAUUACUUUGGAAUGAGCUUCAUUUUGAAACCUGUGGGACUUUUGAAGUCAAGAGGAUUGACUUAUGUAACCAAUAACUUAGUACCUGCAUGUUGUAAUAAUGGUAUCCUCAGAUGUACCAACACUUCCAUUCAUGGAAUAUGUUGAGACAGUAAUGGCUGUACAGGGUGAGGUAAUAGUUUUCACAAAUUGUUGCAGAUAUUUUUCAUUUAUAAAUAUUAUAAAGGGAUUAUCAGAAUUGGACAUAAUUCUUACGUAAUGUCUUCAGUUAUUGAUGCCUGGCUGGAAUAAUUGAGUCAACUUGAUCCUUUUGGCUGAAGGGAGGUGUUGCUAAGGCUUGUUAAAUAUACAUUUAAUUUACAGUCAAGUAUGUGAAAUGUCUUCAUUUAUGCACUCUUGCUCGAUAAGUUGGUGUUUUAAUGUAUACUUUUUCUUAUUUUCAUGUAAUAUUUAAUACACAUUCUAAUAAAACAUUUUAAAAUGCUGACAGUUGUAGGACCACUGGAAGCUGUUUCAUAUCAUGCCUCAGAAGUGACAAGAACUUGUCAAAUGUUUUGUUAAUAUUUUUAAACAUCCAUUGUCUUCAUUGCUGUGUAAAAAAGCUAUGAUUACAUUGUGUUCAAUAGAAUAUGCUUUGAGUCAUUGCUUCAGCCUUUUAUACACUGUUUAGUGAUGUAUGUCCCGGACAAUAAAAACAAACUAUGUAGUCAUUGUGUUUUAUGACGAUGUAGAAGCCGGUCCAAAUGGGUUGAACCCUACUUUUGAGCUCAGAAAUGCUUACUGUGAUGCGUAAAGAAAAAGGGUAACAUUUAAAGAGAUCCAGUUUGCAGUAAUUGCUUAAUAUGUCAGAAAGUUACAAUACUUUUAAGGCACUCUCUGAUUGAACCCAGGACGUCAGUGUUCUUAGCUGGGU